CUCUAUGUGUUAUUGCUCUCAUUAAACAAAAUAUUUAUUACAGUAGACUUGAUUUUAAUGGUUUAUUAGUGUGUUUUUUUUAAUUUUAUUAUCGUAUCGUUAUUGUACCUAUUAUAAAUAGUGGAGAAUGCCCUCAGAUACAGAUGUUCUGUACCAGUUAGAUUUAGGCGAAGCACCCCAACAACUUCAAGAAUGGGCACAGGAGAACAUUAGAGAAAAUCCCGACACCAGAUGUUUGUUAAUAGAAGAUUUUAAAGAUAUGAUAUACGCUAGAGGAGACUGCACUCUACACCGAACAGACGAUGCAUUCCUGCUGCGUUUUUUGCGAGGUCGCAAUUGGAGCCUCGAGGCAGCUUACAAACUGUUAGUAAAUUAUUAUGAAUUCAAAGAAGACAAUCCUGAAUUUUUUGAAAAUGUCAAUCUAUUCAAAUUGUUAGGCAUUGGCUGUGAUAACAUUCUUACCGUACCACCCUACAGAGAACAAACAGGAAGAAGAAUUUUACUGUACAGAAUAGGAAACUGGGAUCCAGAAAAGUACAGCGUCACCGAACUGUUCCAAGCCACGCUAGCUGUUCUGGAAUUAGCAAUUUUGGAACCACGAGCUCAAAUCUUGGGCGGAGUUGCCAUGUUUGAUAUGUCCGAUCUCACUCUAAACCAAGCAUAUUAUAUGACGCCCAGUAUCGCGCAUAAAGUUUUCCAAAUCAUGGUGACUUCAUUUCCAAUGAAAAUUCAUGCUGUCCACGUUUUGUUCCAACCCUGGAUUUUCGACAUAAUUUUUGGGAUGUUCAAACCGCUUAUAACAGGCAGCAUGAGCAAUAAACUGUUCUUCCAUGGUGAUGAUAUGGAAAGUCUUCACAAGCAUAUCGAUCCUAAGCAUUUACCCCAAAGAUACGGAGGUCGUCAUCCGGAUUACGACUACAGUCCCUGGAUCGAGGGAUUCAAGAUCGACGAGAAAAUCAAAAAGCAAAUGCGAUUGAACGGAUACAUAAUCGACGAAGACGAAUACGACAAACAGGCGCGCGAAAGAAAACUGUCCCAGAGUUCCAGCACUUCCAACUAAAGACAGCUUGUGUUAAAAUGUUUUUCGUGG